AUGUUCCCCGUAUCAGAUGCGCAAGGAGCACAUGCUGCUGGAUCUAGCCAAGUGCCAGAUGGAGACCAGCGAAGGCGCAAGGAGCAGAUGCUGCUGGACCUCGCCAAGUGCCAGAUGGAGACCAGCGAGUUUGAUGCUGCGUUCCAAUCAACCUCUCUCAACCUCCCUCAACCUCUCUCCUUACCACGUGCCAUACUCCUUGUUCCCCCCCUAUCAGAGGCGCAAGGGGCAGAUGCUACUAGACCUAGCCAAGUGCCAAAUGGAGACCAACGAGUUCGACGCUGCCUUCCAAACGCUGCAAACUCCGUCCCUUCCUCUCGAUCUUCAGACAUAAUUCUGAGGGAGCAGCAGUCUGGUGCUAGGGGAAUAGUACUCGCUGUGUCUUACAACCUCUGGGCCUCGCUGUGUUACGGGAAUAUGGAUGCUAUGCUGGGUGGGACCGGAGGCCCUGGUCUGUGUGGUGUGGUGAACCUAGAGUACUCCCACUGGCUCUCUGCCGCCCAGAAGGACCUCCUGCAGCUGCCCUCCACCUCGCAUACCCACCACGGCUUCAAUUCAGACAUGGAUGGAAUGGAUGAUGGGGAGAGGGACAAUCAUGGGCGGAUGGAUGGAGCGACGGAUGGGGGCAUGCAUGGGGAUAUGGAUGUGGAUAUGGAUCUUGACCCGCUCAUCUGCCCCCUCAUCCUCCCACCUCCUCCCUCCCCCUCCACCCCAUUCCGCCUGCCUCCUCUCUCCCGUCGCUCCCUCGAGCUAUCCCGGGAAGCGGCUUCUUUCCUCCUGCGCACACUGCAAGCCGACCCCCUCUGCAUCCCGGCCUUAGUGCCACUAGUGCAGGUGAGCUUCUUCCUACCUCCCCCGCCACCCCAUUCCGCCUGCCUCCUCUCUCUCGCCGCUCCCUUGCUCUCUCGCAAGGUAGCAUCCUUCCUCCUGCACACACUGCAAGCCGACCCCCUCUGCAUCCCAGCCUUAGUGCCUCUAGUGCAGGUAAGCUCCUCCUAUGUCCCAUUCUCCCCACCUACCCUACCACGCCGCACUCCGCCUCCCUCAAGCUCUCGGAGGACGUGUUUUGAGUCGAGUCUCCGGGGAAGCAGCAUCCGCACACUGCAAGCCGAUCCCCUUUGCAUCCCAUCCCUCGUGCCUCUAGUUCAGGGCCCCAGAGGAGUGGGAGUGGCCCUUGACAUUCUUCACCGCUCGUGCCUGCCUGCCCUGUCACUGAUAUCUCACUGUCUCUCGCCCCACUCCCUUGCUGCUGAUUCUCGUAUCCGCGUGCUGUCUCUGGGUCUACAAGGCACAUGUGGCCCGUCUCUCCGCAUGGCCAUUCUAGCACUGCAUCUGAACGCGCUUGCUACCACCAGAGAGUCCCUGCCUGCUUGCCUGGUGGGGGGGGCUGGCUGGGAGGGAUGGAGGGAGUCAUUGCCACGCUCACAUUCGUUCUCUCACCCCCGCCCCCGUCCCAUUCCCCUGUGUGCAGGCACGUGCGGCCGUCUCUCUCCUCAUGGCCAUUCUAGCACUGCAUGCACGUGCGGCCCCUCUCUCCUCAUGAGCACGCUGGCAGUGCAUCUGGACGCCCUCGGUGCCACCACCAGCAGUGCACUGUCUGCUUGGUGGGGACUGGCUGCUUGGUGGGGACUGGCAGGGAUCAUAAAGGCUGUGUGGCUCUCAGCCUUUGCUGGUGCGGCUGGGAGAGGGGCAGCAGUAGUGGCAGCUGUAGUAGGGGAGAGAGAUGGGGGAAGGAGAGGGGAAGGUGCAGCGAGAAAAGAAGCAGCAGCGAAGGAAGCGAGGGCCAGGAAAGUGGUGCUGCAGGUGUGGUGGGAGAGGAGGGAGUGGUGGAAAGCGGUGCAGUUCGGCAUCGGGCAUGUGAAGAGGCAGUUGAGGCUCAUUGAUCGGCUGCAAGAGAGAGGAGAGAGAGAGAGAGAGAGAGAGAGAGAGAGAGAGAGAGAGAGAGAGAGAGAGAGAGAGAGAGAGAGAGAGAGAGAGAGAGAGAGAGAGAGAGAGAGAGAGAGAGAGAGAGAGAGAGGAGAGAGAGAGAGAGAGAGAGAGAGAGAGAGAGAGAGAGAGAGAGAGAGAGAGAGAGAGAGAGAGAGAGAGAGAGAGAGAGAGAGAGAGAGAGAGAGAGAGAGAGAGAGAGAGAGAGAGAGAGAGAGAGAGAGAGAGAGAGAGAGGAGAGAGAGAGAGAGAGAGGAGAGAGAGAGAGAGGAGAGAGAGAGAGAGAGAGAGAGGAGAGAGAGAGAGAGAGAGAGAGAGAGAGAGAGAGAGAGAGAGAGAGAGGAGAGAGAGAGAGAGAGAGAGAGAGAGAGAGAGAGAGAGAGAGAGAGAGAGAGAGAGAGAGAGAGAGAGAGAGAGAGAGAGAGAGAGAGAGAGAGAGAGAGAGAGAGAGAGAGAGAGAGAGAGAGAGAGAGAGAGAGAGGAGGAGAGAGAGAGAGAGAGAGAGAGAGAGGAGAGAGAGAGAGAGAGAAGAGAGAGAGAGAGAGAGAGAGAGAGAGAGAGAGAGAGAGAGAGAGAGAGAGAGAGAGAGAGAGAGAGAGAGAGAGAGAGAGAGAGGAGAGAGAGAGAGAGAGAGAGAGAGAGAGAGAGAGAGAGAGAGAGAGAGAGAGAGAGAGAGAGAGAGAGAGAGAGAGAGAGAGAGAGAGAGAGAGAGAGAGAGAGAGAGAGGAGAGAGAGAGAGAGAGAGAGAGAGAGAGAGAGGAGAGAGAAUCGACCGAUGUUUUCUGCACUUUUGCUGGUGAGGAGAGCUACCACCGCUGGCUGUCAGAUGGAGAGCAGCUGCAUUUCCCACCUCAUUCAAGUCUGUUGUUUCUACUACUCUCUCCCUCCUCUCUCCCACCCCAAAUGCAGAUCGACCGCUUCUUUCUGCACUUUGCUGGCGAGGAGAGCUACCACAGCCGGCUGUCAGAUGGAGAGCAGCGUUACUGCGACAGGCAGGUAGACCUGGUGCAGGCGCAUCCUGGACAGGACUGCGCUCCCGAUCAACCCUCUCUACCAUCUUCCCUCUCUACCAUCUUCCCUCUCUACCAUCUUCCCUCUCUACCAUCUUCCCUCUCUACCAUCUUCCCUCUCUACCAUCUUCCCUCUCUACCAUCUUCCCUCUCUACCAUCUUCCCUCUCUACCAUCUUCCCUCUCUACCAUCUUUCCUCUCUACCAUCUUCCCUCUCUACCAUCUUCCCUCUCUACCAUCUUCCCUCUCUACCAUCUUCUUUCUUCUCUUCUCCAGGCAGGUAGAUCUGGUGCAGGCGCAUCUGGACAGGACUGCGCCUCACGCGCCUGCCACGCCGUACCAGUCCAUCCUGAAGCAGGCGGACUCGAGCGAAACACCAGAUAUGAGUGAGGCUACAAUCACAGAUGAAGGGUUGAUGGAUGAAGGGUUCAGAGUUUUCCCCACUCCCGACCUCGACACUUUUGUGUUCUGUGUGGCCACUCGCCCCUCUGCCGUCUGUCCAGUGGACCCCGACGUGAGUAAUACAGAGGUUUAA